GUAUUAUACAAUUAAUUAAAAGAAAGUUAAAUAAAAUGAAGUUAAUUGUAGUAUUAGCAGCUAUAAUUUGUGGUGUUUACUCAUCAAGAUCGGUCGUCGAUUAUUUCUUAGAUGAUGCUUGGGAUUUCGUGGAUGAUUUAAACCCAAUCGUUUUACCAACAAUCGAAGACGAAAUUGAUUUCUUUGGUACUCCAGUUUAUAUGAAAAUGUUAUCAAUAAUAAAUCCUCAAAACUUCACCAGAGGUUUUUUGGAAUUAGGAAAAACCAAUUUAUGCAUGGAUAUUAAUGUAGAAGACGCUAAUUUUACAUUUAAAUAUGAACAAGCUGCCAAAGAACCCUACAUUGAUGCCCAAGUUAAUGUUAAUCACCCCGGUAUUGGUUUUAUCGACCAGGCCGAGAUUUUAACCAACUACAUAGGAACUAAAUUAAUUUUAACCGGAUCGGGAUUUUAUCCGGUUACUAACAAAACCAUUUAUUCUUUGACAUCUUUAACAUUAAAAUUUGAAUACAAGUGGGCUGAAACCGAAAUUUUUUCAUCUCAAUCCAUCGUCCACGCGAUGUUGGAUAUUUGGAAACCAGUUUUUGAACCAAAACUUUUGAAAUUAACCGGAAAUGAAAUUUUUAUUCGAUUAAACGAGGCAUUUGUUGAAUCAGAAUCUUCGUUGUAAACAAAUAUAAUUUGUC